AUGGCUUUGGAAACUUCGCACCAUUUGUUAGAACACAGACCUAGGAAGCAUAAUGAUCGAAUUGAUAUUCUUUCAAAGCUCACCAAUACAAAGAAAGCAGGGCAACACAAGACGUUGUUGCAAGAAAAAUUGAGAAUUCCCAGUUGGGAUUACGAUGAU